ACUUUUGCGUCUCCAAGCUGAGACGUCCAUUCGUUCUCUUUACUUGCUCACUGAGCUCGAAUCUCGCCACUCAUCCAACCACAGCUUGCCAAGCACCAACAUCUCUUCCUGUCAACUUGAGCAAUCAGGAGAGGAACCAACAAAACAGAUUGAGAUAUAAAACAUACAAAAGGACAUCAUCAAUAAAACAUCCUCACCAUGGCAGACACCGAGGAACCGCAGUUUAAUACGCUGGCGGAGAGGAUAGCAGCGUUGAACAAGCAAAAGAACUUUAGCAGCGUCGGCACUCCUGAGGCUGCUCGCAAAAAGCCCAAGCCUCCUCCUCCUCCUGGACGUCCUGCUGUCGAAUCCCGAAGCCAAACUGCCCCCGUCGUGACCGUCAACGGCUCGGCUCAUGAAGCAGCGCCGCAACAGCCUCCGAGACCCGGCAGAGCAAAUGCCGAUGCACCGCCACCAUUGCCUCGUCGCAACACACAGAAUGCGACCUCACCAGAUGCUUCUGCCCCUCCGCCGUUGCCCUCGAGGACUGGAUCCUUCCAGGCGUCACCUGCACUACCGCCGCGACGAACAUCAACGAUUACCGUUCCCAAACCCUCAGGACGGCGCAACUCGGCUUCAUCAGAGGCAUCGAUGCAGUCUACCAUGUCGUCUUUGUCUUUGACCAAAACAAUCUCUUCUACUACGAGCAAUGGAUCCAACGGGACCGUCGUGCACAAGCUGCCACCGGUUUGUGACAUGAACAGCUUGCCUCCUCUCCCGCCUACAAAGCGGGAACUAGAGGCAAAGGCAAAGGAAGAAGCUGUCACAAGACAGGCGGCUAUUAGAGAAAAUUCCGUGAGGAUGGCAGCCAGACAGACAGUUGAACAGCCAGCCAGCCAGCCAGCCAGACCUAGCCUCCCUCCCAGACUGCCAUCUAGGCCAGCUAGGCCCCAGCCUUCGACGAGCACAGAGAUUCUACCAAAGCCAACGCAAAAGCCAACGCCAAAGCCAACACCUGUCACUGUUCAGAUACGGGGAUUCGGGAGUAUGACUGAGCCUCCAAAGAUGCCAGCAAGGCCCAAGAUUGAUGCCGCGGCUGAUGACGGGCCCCCUCCGAUCCCAAUGGCCUCUCGCCCAUCAGUGGCUCAGAUCCAAGCCAUUUCCUCCCGUGCGUCGCCAGCUCCGCCAGUAGUGGCUAAUGAUUGCUGGGUAUGCCGAGACUGGAGUGGACCUGAUAACGUUGCCGCCCAAUAUCCCAGAGAGCAGCUCCCCCAACAUGAUGUUGUGGGAUAUCUUGCCCGUGUACUCUGCGACCCGUUCCCGUCAUAUAACGAUAAGGCAAGAGCCAUCUUCACGUGGUUUCAUCACAACAUCAUGUAUGAUACCAAGGCAUUUUUCAGUGGCAACAUCAGGGGUAUGACGCCCGAAGAAACCAUACGUUACGGUGCAGCUGUGUGCCAAGGCUACGCGGAGACGUACAAGGCCAUUGCCAACAAGGCCGGUCUGGAAUGCGUUGUCGUCGGUGGCCAUGGAAAGGGCUAUGGCUAUACACCUCUGAAACAAGGACAAAGGCCGCCGCCUCCUGAUGCAACGGGCCAUGCAUGGAACGCAGUCAGGGUUGAUGGUGGUGUCUGGAGGCUUCUCGAUGCCUGUUGGGGAGCUGGUCACAUUUGCGGAGCCAACAACUUGUUCAAGAAAGAGUUUAGCCCCGUCCAGUUCACCAACAGCGGCGAGCGGUUUGGCCGUACCCAUUUCCCGUCUGACAACAGACACCAGUUCCGCGAGGAUGGCCGCACAAUCACUUGGGAAGAGUACAUCGUCGGGCGCUCUCAGGGUGAACCGGUCGAAAUCUUUGGUAACUGUGGCCAAGAGGGCAUUGCUGAAGACACUGUUGAGCCUGCAUCAAAGCAGAUUCCUGUCAACAGCGGCCAAGUUGUCCGAUUUCAGUUUGCACAGCUAUGUGAGCACUGGAAGGCAGAAAAGCACGGCCUUGGGAAGCCUUCCCUGUUUCUGCUGCAGAUUCAUGGCCUCGACGGCCGCAAGGAUGACUUUAUUCCGAUUGAGACGGAUGGCUACUGGCACUGGGCCGAUGUUCAUGCUAAAGACCUGGGAGCGCCAGGGCAGUCGGUCAUGGUACUGCAGCUAACAUCGAUGGAUGGACAAGACGCACGAGGGGUGACAGCUCAGCAAUAUCUUGCCAAGAAGGGGCGGGUUGCGAUGGCCUGGGCGUAUGUGGCUAAAUGGGAUUUGGUUUAAGGGUAUGAUGAGACUAAGCAUAAGAAGAGAGGGAAUUUUUGGACUUAAAGAGACUGUGGAAUAGGGAAGAUGGGUUUGUGAUACCCUUUGAUGAAUGAUAUACUGCACUUUAGCUAGCCCUUGAGUUUGAGGAUUAAUGUAGCAGGUAAAAGACGAGAAACGUCUGGGUAAUGGUAUUCUGGAAGGAUAUAUGACGAGGCUUGAUGAGCUCACGGCUGUUGUAUGCAAUCUUGUGAUGAUUGUUUUCAUCUAGCAAUGAUCUAUAUCAUUUAUUUUCAAUUACAUUGACAAGAUAACUCCAACCU